AUAUAUGAUGAACAAUAUGAAGUCACCUAUGAAGUUGAACGCACUCCAUCCGUGCUAAGUCAAAAAGACAAGAGCUUUUCAUCAUACAAUAAAAUCAAACUACAAAACGAAAAUCAUCUUCUGUCGACCACAUUGUAUUCAAUCAUAACGGAGCCCUACAAUCCUUAUUCAAAAAUUGAUCACAGCAAUAGUAGUAUAUUCGACAGAUAUUCAAGAAUAAAUGACUCGAUACCGUUUGUUGAUGGUGAUUCACAGGAUAGUAUUAGAAAUGAUGCUAAUCAUAAAUUUAUACCGAUAUUUAGCUGGAUAAAAUCAAAUUGGUUUAAUAAUAUUAGUGAUGAACAAGAUCACUCAAGUUGUACGAAAUUACAGUCAAGACAUUGUAUACUGAGACAUUCUCAAUCCUAUAAUGGAAUGGGCAUCUAUGUAUCAUCAGAUAUACAUACACAUAGAAAGUAUUUUAUCAAAUAUGUUGAAGCCACAUCGCCUGGAGACAAAGCAGGUCUACAAAACAAUGAUUAUAUAUUAAAGAUUAAUGGAAAACAAGUGGAAAAUGUUGAUUUCAAUAUCGUACUUCAAAUAAUCAAAAAUGGUAUUCAAAAUGAUAAUUUAGAAUUUUGUGUAGUAAACGGGGAAAUUCACAGCCAUUUUAAAUAUAAUGAGAAUAACAAUUGA